GUGACAAAAGGCUUUGUCUUUUCUGAGCCAUCCAUUCCAGCCUUAAAGGCCAAGACAGGUGGCCCCGGAACUCUUCGUCCUGUGUCUGCCGUGGUAAGAAGAGCACAGGGUGAUAAGACUUUAGUGCUGGAUUACCGGUGAGACGUGUACAGGGAAUUUUGAAAGAAAACCAGGACAGCCAUGGAUGAUGUAUAUAAAGCAGCGGUAGAGAAUUUAACGGAAGAACAGAAAAAUGAGUUCCGCGCCGCGUUUGACAUCUUCGUGCAGGAUGCUGAGGAUGGCUGCAUCAGCACUAAAGAGCUGGGGAAGGUCAUGAGGAUGUUGGGCCAGAACCCCACCCAAGAAGAGUUGCAGGAAAUGGUGGAUGAAGUAGAUGAGGAUGGAAGCGGGACUGUGGACUUUGAUGAGUUCUUGGUGAUGAUGGUGCGCUGUAUGAAAGAGGAGAGCAAAGGGAAAUCAGAAGAAGAGUUAGCGGAAGUCUUCCGCAUGUUUGAUAAGAAUGGAGAUGGCUACAUUGAUUUAGACGAGCUGAAGAACAUGCUGGAGUCAACAGGCGAGGCCAUUACCGAGGACGACAUCGAGGAACUCAUGAAGGACGGAGAUAAAAACAACGACGGAAAGAUCGAUUACGACGAGUUCUUGGAAUUCAUGAAGGGUGUGGAGUAAAAUCCGUUUUAACAGGCCGCAAGAAAAACCUACGAUGUAUUCCCAGACCCAAAUCUGUGACGUCACUAAACGGCCGCCACACGGACCUUCGGAUUUUGUGAUCAGUUCAUGUUCUAAAAUGUGUUUGUUAUGCUGUAAAUGGUGUCAUAACCUACUUUCAAGAACAACAAUAUUAUUUGUGCACAAUAAAAACAUUUUCUGUAGUAAUUUUUAUUCACAGUAGGUCUAUUUAGUGACCUUGAAAAACGAAAAUUCUGUGGUCAUUUACCCUCAAAUUCAAAAACCUGUGUAAUUCAUUUUGAUCUGCUAAACACGAAGAUAUUUGGAAGAAUGAUUGUAACUAAACUGAUCUGGGGCACCUUUGACCACAAAGUGGGGAAAGUACGGCAACUUCUGUUUUCCCUCAUCUGUAAGUCGCCUUGGAUAAAAGCGAUUGCUAAAUGACAAUAUAAAUGUAUUGGUACAAGAACUGUUUGCUUUAGUCUUUAAAAUAAAUUAUUUUGAGUUAAAGAGAA